AUGAUGCAUCUGGAAAACAAUUUCUAUCCCAAUGCGGCCACUUUGGAGAAACUUAUCUCAGGCGCUCAAGUUUUGGAAGAUUUAACCAUUGACAAUAGUAUAACUUAUAGACCAAGAGUUAUACAAGUGCGCUCUCAGACGCUAAAGAGAAUAGACAUAUCUCGGUGUACCUAUGCUGUGAUUGAUGCUCCUCUCCUCGAGUGUUUAAUCACUAAAGCUGACCAAAUAAAGCACUAUACGAUCACCAAUUCAAGUUUCCCUGCCAAGCUAGAUAUUGGCGUCCUUUCUUUGUUUGGUCAAAGUGAAGACGUGAUUCGUGAUAUCCUCGCCGAUAUAGCAAGGGUCAAAGAUCUAGUUAUUAGUAGUUUCCUUUGGAAGUGCAUGUAUCAAGGCUUGAAAUCAGGAGCACCGUUGCCUCCGUUUCGUCACCUAUCGUGUUUGAAUGCUACAUUUACUAUAUUCGAUCUUGAAGUGUUGACAACCCUUCUUAACAACUGCCCAAAUCUUGAAUCUCUCAUACUGGAAUUGGUUAAGGAGACAAGCAUGUUUAACAUGUUUAGGAGUGAUCCAAAGGUGAAAUUUUCAACAGUGGCUGGGUGUUUGGUAUCAUCCCUCAAGUUUGUGGAGUUAAAAAGUAGCAUUUCAAAGUAUGAAAUUGAAAUGGAGCUAGUAAGAUACUUCCUACAGAAUUCACCAAUCCUGGAGAAAUUAAGGGUUAAUUCUCACUAUAGUGGAAAGGCGAAGUCUGCCAUACUUGACCAACUCCUUGCAAUGCCAAGAUGCUCUAGCGCUUGUGAAAUCCUUCUUCUUUAUACUUCAUGA